UAUUUUUAAUGGUCGGGAAUCAAUUGAGUUUAAUGGCUUUGUUAAUUUAUUCAAAUGCAAUAUAUCCUUUAAUUAUUAUUUUAUAUGGAAAAUAUAAAAAAUUGGAAGAUUUGGUUUUAAUUAAUUUACUUGGUCCUUUAGUUAAAAAAAUUCUUGAUAAAUUACCACAACGGAAUCCUUUGGAGACGGAUUCGGAACACGAAUUUGACGAAUUUUUACCUUCUGAUUUUGAAAAUGAAGAAGAAAAUGAACAACAAAAUAUAGAAAUAAGUGAAAACAUAAUUAACAAUCAACGUGAAAAUUUACAAGGAGGAAACCCUAAAAAUAAUAACAAUGGAUUGGGUCUAGACGAAAUAGAUUCAAUUUCUUCUCAACUUUCUUUUGACGAUGAAGAAGAGGCUCACGCUCUUCUUUCUGGUCUUCGUCAAAUAGAUAUAUCCGAAUCUGAUUCCGAUACCGAUGCUUUUUUACCUUCCUUUGCUAUUAAAAAACGACAACAACAACAAAAUGAUAAAAAUCUUGUUGGGGAAUUUUAG